UUUUAUUUUUCAGUGUUGGGUUGGCAUUGUAGUUGAACUCGGUUCUUCCCAAUCCCAAAUCCAAAUCGUGGAUCCAAGCUGAAACAUUUGCAUCAAUGCUUGUGAUCUUGGUUUCGCAAUUCCUCACACCCAUCUACAGAUUCUAGAUCUAUGAUCGAUUGCAGUGAUCUGAAGCGAAUCUGAGAAGAAGAACAACAACAACGACAAAGAAAGGAGAAGAAGAAGAUGUAUAUGGCAUAUGGGUGGCCUCAGGUCAUCCCUCUUGAGCAAGGACUGUGUCCCUCAGCACAGAAGAUUGUGUAUCUCAAACUCAUCAAUCGAGUGUUGCUUGUUGUCUCCCCCACUCACUUUGAACUUUGGAGCUCUUCCCAGCAUAGAGUGAGAUUGGGGAAGUACAAGAGAGAUUCAGAUUCAUUGCAGAGGGAAGGAGAAAACUUGCAGGCCGUGUGGAGCCCUGAUGCCAAAUUAAUUGCUAUUCUUACAUCUUCUUUCUAUCUUCACAUUUUCAAGGUCCAAUUCUUGGAUAAAAGAAUACACAUUGGUGGGAAACAACCCUCUGCUUUGUGCCUAGCUACUAUAUCUCUUCUGCUUUCUGAGCAAGUUCCUUUUGCAGUGAAGAAUUUGUCCGUGAGCAAUAUUGUUAGUGAUAACAAACAUAUGCUGCUUGGACUUUCUGAUGGAACAUUGUACAGUAUGUCUUGGAAGGGGGAGUUCUAUGGGGCUUUUAAAUUUGAUCCAUAUCCUCGUGCUAACUUUGGCGACUCUCAAACACCACAAUAUCUAGAGAAUGGUCUUUCUCCUAAAAGCCUACCGAAAGUUUCUAUGUCCAAUCACAUUAGUCCUAGAAGUGCUGAAAUCAAUCAGCUUGAACUCUGCCUUUCAUUGAGGUUGCUAUUUGUCUUGUAUUCUGAUGGGCAACUUGUCUCGUGUUCCAUAAGUAAGAAAGGUUUAAAGCAAGUUGACUGUAUUGAAGCAGAAAAGAGGUUGGCUUGUGGGGAUGCUGUGUGUGCUUCUGUUGCCCCUGAUCAGCAGAUUCUUGCUGUUGGUACCAGAAGAGGAAUAGUUGAGUUGUAUGAUUUGGCUGAAUCAACAUCACUUAUGCGUGCGGUCUCUUUGUAUGACUGGGGAUAUUCAAUGGAUGACACUGGCCCUGUUAGUUACAUUGCUUGGACACCUGAUAAUUCUGCUUUUGCUGUUGGGUGGAAGUUAAGAGGGCUUACAGUUUGGUCUGUUUCUGGGUGUCGCUUGAUGUCUACAAUCCGACAAAUAGGUUUAAGUUCUGUAUCUUCUCCAAUUGCUAAGCCAAACCCUGACUGUAAAUAUGAACCAUUGAUGGGUGGUACCUCACUGAUGCAGUGGGAUGAAUAUGGAUAUAGACUUUAUGCUAUUGAAGAGGGAUCUUCAGAGAGAAUCCUUUCUUUCUCAUUUGGAAAAUGCUGUCUUAGCAGAGGUGUUUCAGGCACUACAUAUAUCCGGCAAGUGAUUUAUGGGGAAGACCGGUUACUCAUCGUGCAGUCAGAAGAGACUGACGAACUUAAGAUGCUACAUCUUAAACUUCCAGUUUCUUAUAUUUCACAAAACUGGCCUGUUCAACAUGUGGCAGCUAGCCAGGAUGGAAUGUACUUAGCUGUUGCUGGUCUUCAUGGUUUGAUAUUGUAUGAUAUACGAUUGAAAAGAUGGAGAGUAUUUGGAGAUGUUACCCAGGAACAAAAGAUUCAGUGUAAAGGUUUGUUAUGGCUGGGGAAGAUUGUUGUUGUCUGCAACCAUAUUGAUUCUUCCAACACGUAUGAAUUGCUCUUUUACCCAAGAUAUCACCUUGAUCAAAGCUCAUUGCUCUGUCGAAAACCAUUGCUUGCUAAACCAAUGGUGAUGGAUGUGUACCAAGAUUAUAUACUGGUCACAUAUAGACCAUUUGAUGUCCACAUAUUCUAUGUGAAGUUGCUUGGUGAACUAACUCCAUCAGGAAAUCCAGAUUUACAGCUUUCUGCAGUACGAGAACUUUCAAUUAUGACUGCCAAGAGCCAUCCUGCAGCAAUGCGCUUCAUUCCUGAUCAACUUCCAAGAGAAUCUAUUUCAAACAAUUACAUUUCAUCUUCAUCAGACUCAUUAACAAAAGAGCCAGCAAGAUGUUUGAUAUUGAGGACAAAUGGCGAGCUUUCGCUUCUUGAUUUGGAUGAUGGACGGGAGAGAAAUCUUACUGAUUCAGUUGAACUAUUUUGGGUCACCUGUGGUCAGUCUGAGGAUAAAACAAAUUUGAUUGAGGAAGUCUCAUGGUUAGAUUAUGGUCAUCGAGGCAUGCAGGUUUGGUAUCCAUCUCCAGGCACCAAUUCUUUUAAGCAGGAGGAUUUCUUGCAGUUGGAUCCGGAGCUGGAGUUUGAUCGUGAAGUAUACCCUUUGGGACUUCUUCCAAAUGCUGGUGUAGUUGUUGGUGUUUCCCAGAGAUUGUCAUUUUCAGCAAGUGCAGAAUUCCCAUGUUUUGAGCCAUCUCCUCAAGCGCAAACAAUAUUGCACUGCCUUCUCCGCCAUCUUCUUCAGAGGGACAAAAUUGAGGAAGCUUUAAGGCUGGCGGAGCUAUCAGCAGAGAAGCCUCAUUUUUCACAUUGUCUAGAGUGGCUUCUUUUUACAGUAUUUGAAGCUGAUAUAUCCAGGCCGAAUGUAAACAAGAACCAGAACUCAGUUCUCAAACAUGGAAAAAGCACUCUUUUGGAGAAGACCUGUGAUCUGAUCCGAAAUUUUCCAGAGUACCUUGAUGUUGUUGUUAGUGUCGCAAGAAAAACUGAUGGUCGUCAUUGGGCAGAUUUGUUCUCUGCUGCUGGAAGAUCAACAGAAUUGUUUGAGGAAUGCUUUCAACGUAGAUGGUACCGCACUGCAGCUUGCUAUAUACUUGUAAUUGCUAAACUUGAAGGUCCAGCUGUUAGUCAGUACUGUGCUUUACGAUUAUUGCAGGCAACACUUGAUGAAUCUUUAUAUGAGCUUGCUGGGGAAUUGGUAAGGUUCUUGCUAAGAUCCGGUAGGGAAUAUGAUCAAGCAUCCAACGAUUCAGAUAAUUUUUCUCCCAGAUUUUUAGGCUAUUUUCUUUUUCGUUCUAGUGAGCGGAAGCAAGCAUUGGAUAAAAGUUCUUCAUUCAAGGAGCAAAGUGCUCAUGUUACCUCGGUUAAGAAUAUUUUAGAAAAUCAUGCUAGUUACCUGAUGUCAGGCAAAGAGCUUUCCAAGCUUGUUGCAUUUGUAAAAGGCACUCAGUUUGAUUUAGUGGAGUAUCUACAACGCGAAAGAUAUGGAAGUGCUCGGCUGGACAGUUUUGCUUCAGGGUUUGAACUAAUAAGCCAAAAGCUUCAAAUGGAAACAUUACAGAGCCGGUUGGAUGCUGAUUUUCUCCUUGCUCAUAUGUGCUCUGUCAAAUUUAAGGAAUGGAUAGUUGUCCUGGCUACCCUCUUAAGACGUUCUGAGGUUCUUUUUGACUUAUUUCGUCACGAUGUUCGGUUAUGGAAAGCCUACAACACUACACUUCAGUCACAUCCAUCAUUUACGGAAUAUCAAGAUUUGGUGGAAGACCUGGAAGAGAAACUUGCAUCAUUUACAAAUGAAGAAGAAAAAUGAAAGUGAACAUAUAUUUCAUAUCUGGAUUUUGGUAACUCAUGGUUUCCUGCUGAAGUAAUCUUCUUGGGCGGGUUCGACCUCAGGCUGAUGGUCAUGUCAUGCUUAUGGACUAUUCAUUCUUUCCCUUGGAUUUGAUUGUGGCGGGAUCAGAAAACUGCAUUUAUGUGCUGGUUUACUAACAAAUAAGUUCAUGGUGCUAAUCCAAUGAAUCAGGAAGUGUACUUGUAGAUAGAGGUUAGAAAUAUCUAUAGGGAGGCUUGUGCAUGUCUGAGGAUUUUAUUAUUCUUUUUACUUUUUUAAUCAUGUGUUUUUGUACAACCAUGAUGAACAGAUCCAUGUGUAUAUAGUAGUUAUAUGCUCUUUAUCAUCUCAACAAUAAUGGAGUUUGUUCACUUGUUUAUUCUCCCUUAGUUGAGCUUAUAGAUUUGUUCUUUCUUCA